AUGGUUAAACAAUUAAGCAGACGAGCCCCAUCCUCUCCUCUCGCAUCUCGGGGAUGGGUAAAGUUAAUGAUUAUCCAAGGGGAGCGACACAGAAUGGAAUGCAAUCUCCAACUUGAUGCUAACAAUCCACCAAAUCUUCCAAUCAUCGCUUCAGUCUCAAUAACAAAACGUUUGCUCUCCCUUGUCCGAGAAGCACAGCAUACCAAGUUUUACUAUUAUUAG